UGACUGGCACACCGCUCUGAACACGCCCCCCCCUCUCUCUAGUCUCUCUUUUCGUCUCUCUCUGCAGCUUCAAACUAAGUUUCCUGUACAUUUUAUGACUUUUGAGGUGUUGAACACCCACUGAUUGUUUUCGUUGUGUUUUUCUUUGGUGUAAGAAUCUGUAUUGAGACAUUGCUCCAGCGUGGAUUUGAAGAUUUGAAGAACAGUGUAACUUCUCCAAGAUGUCACCUGUGAAAGGCUGGACAGUGACGCUGCUGCUGCUGCUCCUCUGCUCAGCACACACACCACACUCUGGGCUCGUGGUUGCCCAGGAGGACCUGAGUGAGGCAGAUGCAGAACUUCAUGCCAGAAGUCAUGAGGCUGUGGGUGAUGAAGAAGCUGGAACCAGUGACGCUGAUGAAGAGGUAGCAGAGGAGGAAGGAGAUGAAGAGUCAGAUGAGGAGGAUGAGACUGUGAGACAAGAGACAGAAGAGGAAGAAGAGGAGGAGGCCUCUGAUGAUGAAGAUGCUGAGGAAGAGGAGGCUGAUGAUGAUGAUGAUGACGAGGAGGAGGAAGAGACCUCUGAUGAUGAGGAGGAAGAGGAAGAGGCCUCUGAUGGGGAUGCUCCUGAGGAAGAGGAGGCUGAUGAUGAUGAAGAGGAGGAAGAGACCUCUGAUGGGGAUGCUCCUGAGGAAGAGGAGGCUGAUGAUGAAGAGGAUGAAAAGACUUCUGAUGGGGAUGCUCCUGAGGAAGAGGAGGCUAAUGAUGAUGAUGAUGAUGAAGAGGAGGAAGAGACCUCUGAUGAUGAUGAGGAGGAAGAAGAGACCUCUGAUGAGGAUGCUCCUGAGGAAGAGGAGGCUGAUGAUGAUGAAGAGGAGGAAGAGACCUCUGAUGUGGAUGCUCCUGAGGAAGAGGAGGUUGAUGAUGAUGAUGAUGAUGAGGAGGAGGAGGAAGAGACCUCUGAUAAGGAUGCUCCUGAGGAAGAGGAGUCUGAUGAUGAUGAUGAUGAUGAUAAGGAGGAAGAGACCUCUGAUGAUGACGAGGAGGAAAAAGAGACUUUUGAGGAGGGAGAUGAAGUGACUGCUGAGGAUGAUGAGGCCAAUGAGGAGGAGGAGGCAGAAGAAGAGGAAGAGGAGGAGGACGGGACCAAGGAAGAGGAGGAUGGUGAGGCGGCAGAGGAGGAAGAGGAUUCUGAUGACGAGGAGGAAGACGAUGAGGACUUGGAGGCAAACACAGCUGAGAGUGAGGGAGAGGAGGAGGCUGAAGAUGCUGCUGAGGAAGAAGAGGAUGAAGCUGAGGAAGAUGGUGAUGAGGCUGAAGGUGACGACCCGAGGGAAGAAGAGGAGGCUGACGGUGACGACACGAGGGAAGAAGAGGAGGCUGAAGGUGAAGCGGUGCAGUUCCGCUCCGGCUCUCUGUGCAGCGUCUGCUCCAUUUGUAAGCACUGCUCUGAGGACUGCGACAUGUGUCCUUGUGAAGAGGGAGAAGAGUCAGAUUACUGUGAGCACUGCCGGCAGGAAUGCUCUUCCUGCUACCUCUGCCCCAUACUGUGUGACACCAUUUGCACGGCAGGUGGCCUCGUGGAUGAGAUCACAGGAUCCCUCUAUCAGAGCGUGGCCGCUCUCCUUUGAGCACCGUGGACACUUUGACGUCUUCCUGUGGUCACAAUCUGGCUGCCUGCAACAAACCGGACUGUUUCAGUUUCUAACGACCUUUUCACUUUGUAGGCUUCAACGUCCUUUCCUUCAUUUUAUGGCCCAAAUAGUUAUUGUAUAGUUUCCAAUGCAAAAUGGCAAAGUUAUUGUGAAACGCUUUUUAGCUGAGAAGGAAAUAUUUGUGGCCCAGUCUCGUAGCAGGAGGUGUGGGGUAUCGGGGGUAUCGGGGGUAUCGGGGGUAUCGGGUCCGACGCUGCUCGUAUUUGUCUUUGUAAAACUCUGAUACUGCUGCACCCGAUACCACCUGUGCUCUGCUCGGCUGUCAAGAGGAGGAGGAGGAGGAGGAGGAGGAGGAGGAGGAGGAGAAAAGUAGCUCCGUCAACAUCUAAACAACCAGCACGACACACAGCAAAGGAUUUGCUACUAUCAGUAUUAUUUAUAGAAAUCUAACUCAAGUCUAUCUGUUCCUAUACUUUAGCUCACGUACAAACGUGGUGUUCCCUAAACAAACAAGGCUCUCCUCUAAGUUCUCUAAGUCUUCUAUGUCUGGAUGUAAAUACCUGGAAAUAAAAGCUGAAAUAUUGA